AUGUCUCCGGGAGAAAAGGAAAGAGAGGGGCCGGCUAAGAGUGCCCUCCGGAAGAUCCACACAGCCACCCUGGUGAUUAGCUUGGCCCGAGGCUGGCAGCAGUGGGCAAAUGAGAACAGCACUAGGCAGGCCCAGGAGCCCACAGGCUGGCUGCCGGGAGGGACCGAGGACCCACCCGAAGAUCUUAAACCAGUGAUACACCCCACUCCCCACCAGAAAGCUCAGAGGGCCCCAAAUUCUCCCUCCCAAAAGCCAGAGAAACAUGGAGAUGGACAGAGCUCAGAGGAAGAGACUGAGGUCUCUCACAUCAAAAGGAAAGAGGUGACCAAGACCAUUGUCAGCAAAGCUUAUGAGAGAGGAGGGGAUGUGAGCCACCUGAGUCACAGAUACGAGAAAGACGGUGGCACACCUGAACCUGGGCAGCCAGACAAUGACAUUGACAGACUCCUCCACGGCCAUGGCUCCCCGACGCGGAGGAGAAAAUGCGGAAAUCUGGUAUCCGAGCUGACCAAAGGCUGGAAGGAGAUGGAGCAGGAGGAGCCCAAGUGGAGGAGUGACAGCAUAGAUACCGAGGACAGCGGCUACGAAGGGGAGGCCGAGGACAGGCCCGAGCUGGACGGAGAGCAGGUGGCCGCUGCCAGAAUCAAACGGCCCGCGCCGUCCCAGGCAAAUAGAUACACAGGGAAACUCAACUGCAAGGCCCAAAGGAAAUACAGCCAGGUGGACAGCCUGAAAGGAAGGUGGCAACAGUGGGCUGACCAACACAUCCAGUCCCAGAAGCUCAACCCUUUCAGUGAAGAAUUUGAUUAUCAGCUGGCCAUGUCCACCCGCCUGCGCAAAGGAGAUGAAGGCUACGGCCGCCCCAAGGAGGGGACCAAAACCGCUGAGAGGGCCAAGCGAGCCGAGGAGCACAUCUACAGAGAAAUCAUGGACAUGUGCUUCAUUAUCCGCACGAUGGCCCGCCACAGAUGCGAUGGCAAGAUCCAAGUUACUUUCGGAGAUCUGUUUGACAGAUACGUUCGUAUUUCAGAUAAAGUCGUGGGCAUUCUCAUGCGCGCCAGGAAACACGGAUUGGUUGACUUCGAAGGCGAGAUGUUAUGGCAAGGCCAGGAUGACCAUGUUUUGAUUACUCUACUUGAGUGAACCUUCCACAAAAGCUGAACUUUACCCAA